AAGAGACGGAUCCUGCCGAUUGGAUAUUGAUUCAACCCACACUGUCCUUCGAAAAGUUGAUAGACACCUCUACUGUUGACUCACCGAAGUCAUAUGUAUCCUCAUUUGGACUUGCUAUGGACCAGCAGCACGAUUUAUUCAGUUCCUCGCCCAAUAGCCACACAGCUCACAACAACUCUGGCGAUACCAUGGCAACCUCCCUUUCUGGAAUGACCAUCAAUGAUCAUCACCAUGGAAACCAAUUCCAUAAGGAGAAUGGAAUUGCGGUGGGGCUCGUGAGACCAGGGGACUGUCCAAUGAAAGCGCGUGGCUUAUAUUUCCCUAGUUUACAGCCUUCACUAGUGCACACUUUCUCCCCUUUUGCUCUUCCUGUAAUGCCACACACAAGGAGGAAACACUACUCAGAGCAUCUGCCACCAAUAAAUGGCAGAUACUGCAAUGGCACAGCAGAGACUGGAGGAACAGCACCUGCAGCUCAGUCCAAGACCAAUGGUGAUGCUGAGAAGAGGGCUCCUAGUAGCAGUAGACCUCAUGCUGCCGGUACAAAGAUUCCUGCCAUGACUUCGGCUGCCAAAAAUGGAAAAGACUCUCCUAAGACCCCGGAGACCAGCGGGCACAGCAGCCCCGGAACUCCCAAAUCCCCUGCCAGCAAGGCUGCGGGUGGCAAGCCUCCAAUCACAGGAAAUGAAAUCAAGAAGGUCGCAGUGAUUCGCUCGACCCCUAAAUCUCCGAAGAACCGCUCACCCACAUCACUGUCGGCCGCUGCCCCCCUCCCUGAUCUGAAGAACAUACGAUCCAAAGUCGGCUCCACUGACAACUUGAGGCACCAGCCUGGAGGCGGCCGGGUACAAAUUCUUGAUCAGAAGGUGGAUUUCAGUAAUAUUCAGUCCAAGUGUGGCUCCAAAGGCAACCUCAGGCAUGUGCCAGGAGGUGGAAAUGUAAAAAUUCUCGAUCAGAAGGUGGACUUCAGUAAUGUCCAGUCAAAUUGUGGCUCCAAAGACAAUUUGAAACAUGUACCGGGAGGUGGCAGUGUUCAAAUUCUCGAUCAGAAGUUGGACUUAAGUAGCGUGCAGUCUAGAUGUGGUUCCAAAGAUAAUAUCAAACAUUUACCUGGAGGUGGAAAAGUCCAAAUCCUCCACAAAAAGAUUGAUCUGACCAAUGUGCAGGCAAAGUGCGGAUCGAAAGACAACAUCCGCCACAAACCAGGUGGAGGAAACAUUGAGAUCAGGUCUGAGAAGGUUGAAUUCAAGGCUCAGUCAAAGGUGGGAUCUAUGGAAAACAUCAAACACACACCUGGAGGAGGCAGCAGGAGGAUUGAGUCGCACAAACUGAUGUUCCGUGAGCAGGCCAAAGCGCGAACCGACCAUGGCGCAGAAAUCGUGUCUCUAGAGGAGUCGCCACACGGCCUGAGCACCGUCUCCUCUUCUGGCAGCAUCAACAUGGCAGGCCCGCCCCAGCUUUCCACCCUCGCUGACCAGGUGUCUGCAUCGCUGGCCAAGCAGGGCUUGUGAUUGGACCAUACCGCCACCAAACCACGCCCCCACAACCCCAUCCCUUCCCAUUCUCUUCCGCAUACCUGAUGGUAUUCUAACCUCUCUCUGAAAGUCAUUUUGUGGCCCAGAAAACAACGCCAAGUAACUUUUGGCAGUCACUGUUCGAUUUUGUAAUACUUAAGAUUUGUUAUAGGCCAAUGAAGCUGUUUGAACUGUGAAUUAUGUAUGAAUUUGCCUCAUCCUUCACUUUAAGGCAGUGCCCACGGUGGAAAUUUUUAAUUUUAGCAAUUGGAAAUUUCCUCCGACCGACCUCCCUUGACUAUAUUUAGUAGCACAAAAUUACAUUCAUGUAUUUGUAUGGCUUUGUUGACCAUUAUAUAUUUCCUUAUGCAUGCCAUUUUUUGGUUACUACUGGAUUUAGGCCAGUUCAUACAGAACCCAUUUUUACUUUCAGAGAGGAUUGUUCUCAUUUUUAAAUCAGGCUAAAAUUAGAUUGAGAUUAUGAAUAAACCGCUUAGCAGUGCUUAAAAUGAAAAUUAGAGCAUCGUAUCUUGACUUUGAGAAAGAAAGAAACUUAAAGCCCCACAGUUUGUGUUUGAAAUGAUUUGCUAGGCUUAUGUGAAGAAAGAGGUGCAUAGCAGCUUUGUGUAGAAAGCUGAAAGCUGUUUAGUUCUUUUCAAUCUCUCGUAUGUGCUGUCGAUCAGAGAUUAUACUUCACGUCUAAAAUGAGGAAACGUCUCUUACAGUAUUAUUCUGUGGAUGAAUAUGGGAUGUUUAUAAAAUGAAAACACUUUUUUUGUGGGCAGUCUUAAAUUAUUGGUUUGAAUUAUGUCAGUGCUUCAUUGAAAACGCCUCCCUUUUGUUUGUUUGCUUGUUCUCUAACAGAAAAUUUCAACUUCCAUUUAUAUUUUUUAACAUAAACAUAAAAUUGUAGCCAUGUGUUUUAACCAAGAUGGACAUGUCUGCUGUUUUGGACAGUUUGAUUGGUAACAUUUUACAAUGAGGUUCAGGUUGUUGGCAUUAGGUAUCAUGAAAUAACAAUAAACUAUACUUUUACAGCAUUUAUUAAUCUCGAUAAAUGUUCAUUUCUGCAUAUACUAAUGCAUUUGAACAUUUAUUUACUAACAACGAACAACAGGAAAUAAGUUGACCUGGAAUAAAAAUAGCUCUUUUUGUUUGAUUCAACCUGCAUUGACUAACGUUAUCGUAAAGUGUUACUGUUUUAUUAAAAACAGGUUGCAUGUGAGAAAUCUGAACGCUAUUUGAAAUAUCUUGUGGAAAAACAACCUAUGCACCUGUAAACUUCCUCCAUAAUACUGCCAACAGUUCCUCUCAUUUCUCGCUACGACAUCCAGCUCUAGCUGAGAAAUCAUUUAUGAGAUGAAUUGCCAAACUGUUCUUCUUCAGGCACGCACUGUAUUAUAAAUUUUCUGGCGACAUGAACUAUAUCAAGUAUUGUAUUCUUCACAGAAAGCGUCGCUCGAGCACAAGCAUGCCGUUCAACUUCGAUCUGUCACAUGUGACCACAUCAUCCGCUUCCACUUUAUAGCUGUAAAAUGUAAAAAAUGGUCUUCUGUUGUACUGAACAAUGAUGUAAUGACCCUGCACUAUCGCAGAAUGUUUAAUGAGCUUCGAACCACUCCACAUGAUUUUUGCUCCUUGCAUGCAUUUCAUGUAAGCAGCCCGAGAUACUGCGUUGCCUCUACUUGCGUAUAUCCCAUAAUCGCUGAUGUUAUUAGGAAUCUAUGUAGAUAGUAGUGGAAAAGAGCACUACUCAGACGGCGACCCCUGUUUCUUUGUGUUGGAGAUGGAGCCGUGUAACUACCAUUAGAUAUUUAAUGUAUGUUUAUGACUGUAUGGUUAUAUAAGGACUUGAAGAGACUUCAAAAAAAUAAGCAGAGAAGUUCAGAAACCAUGCCUGCAACAUUUUAAUCUGCAUGCUGAGUUUUUACAUGAAUUGGCAACAAGUUUCUGAACGUUUUCUGACUAGGGUGGUUUUGGGAAGGUCGGGAGAGUUUGGAUAUGGGAUAAGCUGCUUGUUACGGUUUUGGUGUUGUGAUGAGAGGGGAAGUGAGUGUUCAGCGGACAGGAAGAGGGAAAGAAAGUCAGUCUGUCCUUUGGUUUAAAUGUCUCACUCUAUAGCACACCUGCGACAUGGUUCUGGGUGCAGUUUGCCAUCCUGUUGACAUUGACUCCAUACACCAUUUUUGCAGUUGUACAUUUUAGCUUGGGAACUGUGGUUGUCAAUAUUGUUCGUGUGUUUUAUUAAUAACUGGUUUACAAUGAUUAUUGUUGAUGUACAUGUGAAUUUGGAAAUAAAGGAUAUUAAGCUAA